AGGCUUGUGAAGUGGUGGUGCUACGGUAUUCUGGCCUAGGCAACGGCACGGCGGCAAAGGCAUUGGCAAUGGCCAAAGACUUUCACAAGCGAACUGGACCACGAAGAUGUCAGAAGAUGUACAGGAGCUGUCUGACGACCUCGUGCGACCGACUUUGUUCAACGUGACCCUGCCGCAGAAUCGCACGGACGAAGGGCCGGGGAGGACCGUAGCUGAAGUCACUGCCGUCUCGCUGGUCCUCUGCACCAUGAUGGUCGUGACCAUCGUAGGAAACACCCUGGUGUGUCUGUCCGUCAUACUCGCCAGAAAGCUGCGGAGACCGGCAAACUACCUCAUUGUGUCUCAGGCGGUAGCGGACCUGCUGGUGGCCAUGGCCGUGAUGCCGCUGUCUCUGACUAACGAGCUGGAGGGGAAGUGGGGACUGGGCAAGCCGCUGUGUGACCUGUGGAUCUCCGUGGACGUCAUCUGUUGUACCGCCUCCAUCAUCAACCUCUGUAUGAUCAGCGUAGAUAGAUACCUGGCAAUAUCUCAUCCACUGUCCUACCGAGUUCACCGGACGUCUCGUGUCAUGCUGAUGCUCGUCUCCGUGGUUUGGAUCAUAUCAGCUCUGAUCUCUGUCCCAGCAUUACUGGGCUGGGGAAAAGGGAACGAGUAUGACGGAGAGACCUGUCUCAUCAACCAGGAUAAAGGGUACACCAUCUACUCUACACUAGGAGCAUUUUACAUACCGAUGCUGGUGAUGCUGGUACUGUACUGGCGGAUCUACAUCACGGUCCAGAGGCACAAACACAGCAGCUUACGGCGAACCUACGUCACUAGGAUGUCUCCUACCGCCGCUGAGAGGAACAUCGCUAACGAUGCCCCGACUGGAUCCAGUGGAGCUGCAAAUGGACGCGUGGAGAAGGCCAAGCAGCCAGAACCCAAACGAAUAUCCUUAACCAAAGAGUACAAAGCAGCCAGAACUCUCGGCGCCAUAGUGGGCGCCUUCAUCCUCUGCUGGCUGCCUUUCUUCAUAGUGGCCGUGAUCAGACCGUUCUGCAACGACACCUGCCGGAUUCCACCGGUAGUGGAUGGCGUCACGCUGUGGUUGGGUUAUGCUAACUCAGCGCUCAAUCCCGCCAUCUACGGUGGACUGAACAACGACUUCCGUGCCGCCUUCCGCGCGAUUGUGUGCUGUUCUUUAAAAGACUUAAACCAACGAAACCAGGGCAUGAUCAUCACUAGAAACUGUCGAACUGAAAUCAGAAGAGGAAGCGAGGAGUCAGGAUCCUCCCCUAUGGGGAGAUGGACAUCCUUUAAACUAUCGUGCAUCACAUUCAACAGGAGCCUGAGCCGGAGUAGUAAGGGAAGUGGGAAAAGCAACAAGAAUAGAGUAGGAAGAAAUGUUCAGACAACACGCGUAUGAGAGCCUCAUGAAAAAUAU